AUGCAGGAUGAAGAUGGAUAUGUUGCCUUAAACGUUAAAGCGCGGAAACCAGCUCUCACCUCAGUUGACCCUGCGUCCUCCUCUUGGUGGCGUGUACUGGCUUUGAUUCUGCUGAUCUUGUGCAUGGGAAUGGUUGUUGGGCUGGUGACUCUGGGCAUCAUGUCUGUCAUGCAGCAAAAUUACCUGCAAGCUGAAAAUGAAAAUCUCUCAGGAACUCUGCAACAACUAGCAAAGCACUUCUGCCAAAAUUUAGUACAACAAUCAGGGCAAAAGGGCGGUUUCUACCAUAAAUGCAGCCCCUGUGACACAAACUGGAGAUAUUAUGGAGACAGCUGCUAUGGAUUCUUCAGGCACAACUUGACAUGGAAAGAGAGCAGGCAGUUCUGCACUGACAUGAAUGCUACUCUACUGAAGAUUGCCAACCAGAACAUUCUGGAAUACAUCAAAACCAGGACUGGUUUUAUUCGUUGGAUUGGAUUAUCCCGCCAGAAUUCUAAUGAUGUUUGGAUGUGGGAAGAUGGUUCAGUUCUCUCCAAAAAUAUGUUUCAGCUUUCUGGAGAUGGAAGAGAAAAUAUGAAUUGUGCUUAUUUUCAUGAUGGGAAAAUCCACCCUACCUUCUGUCAGAACAGACAUUAUUUAAUAUGUGAGAGGAAGGCUGGCAUGGUAAAGGUGGACCAACUACGAUAA